UAGGAUUAAAGGUAAAGGUCCAACAAGAUCUAUAGUCAGCAAGUUCUCGUGAGUGACUGAGUGCCACGCAUGUAUAUAUGCACAUACUCACUAUACAUUAACUGAUUUUUCAAGAUCGAAAAGAAAACCAAAAAAAGAGAGACAGAAAGAGUUGGGGGCAAAAUGGCACCACAAAACGUUGGAAUUGUCGCCAUGGAAAUCUACUUCCCUCCUACUUGUAUCCAACAGGAUACAUUGGAAGAUUUUGAUGGAGUAAGUAAAGGGAAGUACACAAUUGGUCUUGGACAAGAUUGUAUGGCCUUUUGUUCCGAGGUCGAAGACGUUAUCUCCAUGGGAUUGACAGUUGUCACUUCGUUACUUGAGAAGUAUGAUAUUGAUCCGAAACAAAUUGGUCGGCUGGAAGUCGGCAGUGAAACUGUGAUAGACAAGAGCAAAUCCAUCAAGACAUUUCUAAUGAAAAUCUUUGAGGAGUGCGGAAAUGCAGACAUUGAAGGUGUAGAUUCGACCAAUGCAUGCUAUGGUGGAACUGCAGCAUUGUUUAAUUGUGUGAAUUGGGUGGAAAGUAAUUCAUGGGAUGGACGAUAUGGACUGGUGGUCUCCACAGAUAGUGCGGUUUAUGCUGAGGGACCAGCUAGACCAACAGGAGGAGCAGGCGCUGUUGCUAUGCUCAUAGGCCCUGAUGCUGCUAUUGCAUUUGAAAGCAAAUUCAGGGCAAGUCAUAUGUGCCAUGCUUACGACUUCUACAAGCCUGAUCUUGCAAGUGAAUAUCCGGUUGUCGAUGGAAAGCUGUCUCAAACUUGUUAUCUCAUGGCACUUGAUUCUUGCUACAAGGGAUACUGUCAAAAGUAUGAAAAGUUGACAGGAACACAAUUUUCAAUGGCUGAUGCUGACUAUUUUGUAUUUCAUAGUCCAUAUAACAAGCUUGUACAGAAGAGCUUUGCUCGCUUAGUGUUUGGUGAUGUUGCUAGAAAUGUUAGCUCUGUCGAUGAAUCUGUCAAAGCGAAGCUAGUACAGUUCACAUCCCUAAAAAGCGACGAGAGCUACCAAAGCCGUGAUCUAGAAAAGGCAUCCCAACAAGUUGCAAAACCCGAUUACGAUAAGAAGGUUCAGCCAGGAACAUUGAUCCCCAAGCAACUAGGAAACAUGUACACAGCAUCUAUUUAUGCUGCCUUUGCCUCCCUUAUUCACAAUAAGCAUAACUCCCUGGAUGGAAAGCGUGUAAUGAUGUUCUCAUACGGUAGUGGGUCAUCUGCCACAAUGUUUUCACUACAUCUUACUGAGGGGAAAGCGCCUUUUAGCUUGUCCAAUAUUGCAAAGAUCAUGAAUAUUGAACAUAAGUUGAAGACAAGGACAGAGUUGGUACCGGAAAAAUUUGUGGAACUCAUGCACGUGAUGGAGCACAGAUACGGCGGUAAGGACUAUGUGACAAGCAAGGACACUAGUCAUCUAGCUCCAGGCACCUACUAUCUUACUGAAGUUGAUUCAAAGUACCGAAGGUUUUAUGCAAAGAAGCACUCUGAGGUGGCCAACGGUCACUGAUGAUUGAAAACCAAUUAGUCGACUUAGAGUCAUCAAGUUAAGCUCUACAGGUAUUGUUUUGGUUAGGGGUGGUUUUGCAAGAACAAUAUUAUUUGUUUCCAUUUGAGUUUCUUAUUAAAGAAAUGUAGAUUAUGACUAAAUGUAUUAUAGUCUAUUCUAUCAAUAUCAAUGAAACUUUUUGAUUAGUAGUUCUCA